AUGGAGUUUGACGCGCACAACUUUGGUGUCCGCGAGCUGGAUCUCAGCGCCUGCCAUGUCAACACCUUCUCUGACACCAUCAACGCUGUCCCAGGGUUGAAGACCAGUGCAGCCUUCUUCACCUUCUUGCGCGCCAACCUUGUCCUGUCCCCCUCGGCAAUGUCCUCGUGCGCCAACACGCCCAUCCUCGACGCCGCUGUCCCGAUGCAACCCAGUCUGAGCUUCCAGCCCACGUCCCCCUCGCCUUUAGCCGCCAACCCGCCCCUGACACCCGAUGAUGAUAUCCCACCAUUGUCUCUGGAGCCGCUCGACACAGCCGCAGAAAAGGCUGAGGGGCUGAAGCUCGUCGCCGACAGCGUGGCGCAGAUGCAGCAGCGUGCCGCAAAGAACGCCAUCAAGCACCCUCUCUCGCUUGCUGGAAUGAGCCUCACGGCAGCUGUGGCGUACCAGGCCACCGGGAAGGAUGUUGGCUUGGGAUUGGUCUUAUCUUGUGGCAUCAUCAUGUCCUACUUCAUGGCUGUGAGGUGGAUGUCGUCUCGCUACGUAACGCAGGCCGAGAAUCUGCGGUAUGACUGGCUUCGUAACCCCGAGACAGGCGCAGAGGACAUUGUCUUUGGAGCCAAAUGCGAAGACACGCUUGUCGGGGCGCUGGUCUUGCGUCUGCAGCCCUGCUAUACCUUCCCCUCCAACAAUGGUCGACGCAAAAAAUCCGGCUCCGUGACGUUGAAGGGUGGUCGUGGCAUCAUCCGUGCCUGGACAACGGAUCUCAAAUACCGCGGCACGGGAGUGGGCAAGGACUUGCUCUUCGAGGCGGUGCGCUUCACAAAGGAGAAGUGCGGACGGGAUGCCGAAGUUGGCUUUGCGCAGGAGCAUGCCAACAGCCUCAUGGUCAUGCCGCGUGUGUUCAAUGGAGGGUUCAGGAAGGACGAGGUCCGGGCUGCAAGGGCGCUGGAGGAGGCGCUCGCAGAAUGGGAUAUUUGCAAGAGGAAAAGAUGA